AUGGGAGGUGACAAGAAUGCGGAAGUGGAGGACAAAAGGUACAAAGUUGCAAACAGGGCGACCUACGCUGUAGCAGGUGCAUGGGCGGGACGGGCAGCAUUUAAGGCGGACGACACCUCCCCUGGGCAGCGGCUGGCGAUCGGCUGCGGAGGUGCGCGCAGGACCAGUGAGGUCGUGGGUACCUCCAUCACUAAUACCGUCGCCAACACCAACGCCGCCGCCGCGGGACCCGACCACCGCUCCAUUCACUGCCGUUGCCUCGGGUCCCCAUCCCUCCAGCAACUGGCCCCAGGCGCCCCUAGAACAACAUGCGCCAGGAGAGAGAGCCCCUUCAGAAAACCCACCUAGGGCCAACCUUGCACUCUGCUUCUCUUUCAGAAAAAGGUAAAUAUUUACUCCGUGGAGCUGGAUCCAGCUGCAGACAGCAAGCGGACAGAGCGAAGUGGCAAGAAGGACAACCACUCGGAACUCAAGAGGAAUCAACAGAAAGAGGAACUUAAGAAAGAACUUGAUCUGGAUGACCACAAACUCAGCCCUAAGGACCUGGAAAAAAGAUAUGGCACGGACAUCAUUAGGGGUCUCUCCAGCGCCCGAGCUGCUGAGCUCCUGGCUCAGAAUGGACCCAAUGCCCUCACCCCUCCCAAGCAGACACCAGAAAUCAUCAAGUUCCUCAAGCAGAUGGUGGGAGGAUUCUCCAUUCUUCUGUGGAUAGGGGCCAUCCUGUGUUGGAUCGCAUACGGGAUUCAGUAUGUCAACAGCCCAUCGGUGUCCCUGGACAAUGUGUACUUAGGCGCUGUACUUGCCGUGGUUGUCGUUUUAACCGGAAUCUUCGCUUAUUACCAAGAGGCGAAAAGCACCAACAUCAUGGCCAGCUUCAACAAGAUGAUCCCCCAGCAAGCUCUUGUCAUCCGCGACUCGGAGAAAAAAGUCAUCCCUGCAGAUCAGCUGGUGGUGGGGGACAUUGUGGAGAUUAAAGGAGGAGACCAGAUCCCUGCGGACCUCAGGCUGCUGGCUGCCCAGGGAUGUAAGGUAGAUAACUCAUCUCUCACUGGGGAAUCUGAGCCCCAGUCCCGCUCAACUGAGUGUACCCACGAAAACCCCUUGGAAACAAAGAACAUCAGCUUCUACUCCACGACCUGCCUGGAAGGUACAGCCACCGGCAUGGUCAUCAACACGGGUGACCGGACCAUCAUCGGGCGCAUUGCGUCCUUAGCGUCAGGCGUUGGGAAUGAGAAGACGCCCAUCGCCCUGGAGAUUGAGCACUUUGUGCACAUUGUGGCGGGCGUGGCCGUCUCCGUGGGGAUCCUGUUCUUCAUCAUCAUGGUGUCCAUGAAGUACUAUAUCCUAGAUGCCAUCAUCUUCCUUAUUGCCAUCAUAGUGGCCAAUGUGCCCGAGGGCCUCCUGGCCACUGUCACUGUGUCCCUGUCACUCACAGCCAAGCGGAUGGCCAAGAAGAACUGCCUGGUGAAGAACCUGGAGGCCGUGGAAACCCUUGGCUCCACCUCCAUCAUCUGCUCUGACAAGACUGGGACUCUGACACAAAACAGGAUGACCGUGGCCCAUCUGUGGUUUGACAAUCAAAUCUUCGUGGCUGACACGAGUGAAGACAAUUUAAACCAAGCCUUUGACCAAAGCUCUGGCACCUGGACCUCCUUGUCCAAGAUCAUCACAUUGUGUAACCGAGCUGAGUUCAGGCCGGGACAGGAAAGUGUCCCCAUCAUGAAGAGAAUUGUGGUUGGAGAUGCCUCAGAAACUGCUCUGUUGAAAUUCUCUGAGGUUGUUUUAGGUGAUGUUAUGGAAAUUAGGAGAAGAAACCACAAAGUAGUCGAAAUUCCUUUCAAUUCAACCAACAAGUUUCAGCUUUCCAUACACCGGAUGGAAGAUCCCAAUGACAAGCGCUUCCUGUUGGUGAUGAAGGGAGCCCCAGAGAGGAUCCUAGAGAAGUGCAGCACCAUCAUGAUCCAUGGCGAGGAGCAGCCACUGGACCAGAACAAUGCUCAGGCCUUCCACACAGCCUACAUGGAGCUGGGUGGACUGGGCGAGCGUGUGUUGGGUUUCUGCCAUUUCUACUUGCCAACAGAUGAGUUUCCAGAAGACUACUCAUUUGAUUCAGAAACUAUGAACUUUCCCACCUCUAACUUCUGUUUUGUUGGGCUCUUAUCAAUGAUUGACCCUCCUCGAUCCACUGUGCCAGAUGCAGUCAGCAAGUGCCGGAGUGCAGGGAUCAAGGUUAUCAUGGUGACAGGUGACCAUCCCAUCACAGCCAAAGCCAUUGCCAAGAAUGUAGGGAUCAUCUCGGCCAACAGUGAGACAGUGGAAGACAUUGCGAAACGCUGCAACAUUGCUGUAGAGCAGGUUAAUAAACGGGAAGCCAAGGCUGCCGUGGUAACUGGCAUGGAGCUGAAGGACAUGAGCCAGCAGCAGCUGGAUGAGCUCUUAGUCAACUAUCCGGAAAUCGUGUUUGCACGGACGUCCCCACAGCAAAAACUGAUCAUCGUGGAGGGCUGUCAGAGGCAGGAUGCAGUUGUUGCUGUGACAGGGGAUGGGGUGAACGACUCUCCAGCUCUAAAGAAAGCCGACAUUGGCAUUGCCAUGGGAAUAGCAGGUUCUGAUGCAGCCAAAAACACAGCCGACAUGAUCUUGCUGGAUGACAACUUUGCAUCUAUAGUCACAGGGGUGGAGGAAGGUCGCCUGAUAUUUGACAACCUGAAGAAGACCAUCGCUUACACCCUGACCAAGAACUUUGCGGAACUCUGCCCCUUCUUGAUUUACAUCGUUGUUGGGCUGCCCCUGCCUAUUGGCACCAUCACCCUCCUGUUCAUCGACCUGGGCACAGAUAUCAUACCCUCCAUUGCCUUGGCAUACGAGAAAGCGGAAAGUGACAUUAUGAACAGGAAGCCUCGGCACAAGAAGAAGGACAGACUAGUGAACGAUCAGCUUGCCAUAUACUCUUACCUGCACAUUGGCCUCAUGCAGUCCCUGGGAGGUUUUCUGCUGUACUUCACUGUGUAUGCACAGCAGGGCUUCCGACCCACUACUUUAUUUUACCUGCGGGAAACGUGGGAGAGCGAUUACGUGAAUGAUUUGGAAGACAACUACGGACAGGAGUGGACAAGGUACCAGAGGGAAUACCUGGAAUGGACAGGCUACACAGCCUUCUUUGUUGCCAUCAUGGUCCAGCAAAUAGCAGAUCUGAUCAUCAGAAAGACCCGCAGGAACUCCAUCUUCCAGCAGGGGCUCUUCAGAAAUAAAGUCAUCUGGGUGGGGAUUGCCUCACAGAUCAUUGUCGCCCUGCUCCUCUCUUACGGUCUCGGCAGCAUCCCGGCCCUAAGCUUCACCAUGCUAAGGGCUCAGUACUGGUUUGUGGCCGUUCCCCAUGCCAUCCUGAUCUGGGUAUACGAUGAAAUGAGGAAAUUCUUCAUCAGGCGCUACCCUGAGAGCUGGUGGGAUAAAAACAUGUAUUAUUAAGACCA